GGAGCCCACAGUACAACAGGAGUGGAUACCACAGUGCUGUCUGGUGCUGAAUCCACAGGUCCACCGACCUCCAAAACUUUCUUCCCUCUUUCUUUCCCUCUCUCUCUCUCUCUUCUGAUUUUGCCUUCUUUGGCUCUGGGUUCCAACCAUUCAAGGUCUUGAAAUAUGCUCAUCUGUAACAGAGUUUGGCUUGAGGAAGAGCAGCGACGCAGUUGGAAUUAAAACCUUUGGUAGCCACCAUUUGGGCUCGCAGAUAUUUUUGUCUUUAUCUACAAAGCCACCCGGUCCCUGCCUCGGGCAACCCGUCCCCAAAAGCCAUGGAGCAGCCUGUGCUGAAGGCUCGAUCGCCCACGGGCCAGACAGGUUCAGCCGUUCCCACGGCCAAGCAGCCAUCCUCAAACACCUCCGACACCACGGGCCCCAAAGAGGUGGAACUGAUCCUGGUGAAGGAACACAACGGGGUCCAGUUCACCGCCUCUACCCUGGCCAACCAGGCUGGCCGCAGCCACGCCCCGGGGCCCAGUCACGGACACACACCUCUCCCAGGGGAGGAGAGGGAGACCUGGGGCAAGAAGAUCGACUUUCUCCUGUCAGUUAUCGGCUUCGCUGUGGACCUGGCCAACGUCUGGAGGUUCCCCUACCUAUGCUACAAGAACGGAGGAGGAGCGUUCCUGGUGCCCUACAUGUUCUUCAUGGUGAUAGCCGGCAUGCCUCUGUUCUACAUGGAACUGGCUCUGGGGCAAUACAACCGAGAGGGAGCUGCUGGCGUCUGGAAGAUAUGCCCCAUAUUCAAAGGCGUUGGUUUCACUGUGAUCCUGAUCAGCCUGUACGUGGGCUUCUACUACAACGUGAUCAUCGCCUGGGCUCUGUUCUACCUGUUCUCCUCGUUCACCGGGGACCUGCCCUGGGUCCACUGCAACAACACCUGGAACAGCCCCAACUGCUCGGACCUCUGGGCCUUCAACACCUCCCUGAAUGACUCGCACAAGUCCACCCCAGCCGCGGAGUACUUCGAGCGAGGUGUGCUCCACCUUCAGGACAGUGAGGGUAUUGCGGACCUGGGCCUGCCCCGCUGGCAGCUGACAUCCUGCCUUGGCGUGGUCAUCGUGGUUCUCUACUUCAGCCUCUGGAAGGGGGUGAAGACCUCAGGGAAGGUCGUGUGGAUCACAGCCACCAUGCCAUACCUGGUCCUGACAGUGCUGCUUCUCCGUGGUGUCACCCUCCCUGGGGCCAUUGAUGGCAUCAAAGCCUACCUCAGCGUCGACUUUCUGAGACUCUGUGAGGCACAGGUCUGGAUAGAAGCUGCCACUCAGAUCUGCUUCUCUUUGGGAGUGGGGUUUGGUGUGCUAAUAGCGUUCUCCAGCUACAACAAAUUCAGCAACAACUGCUACAGAGAUGCCAUCAUCACCAGCUCAAUCAACUCUCUGACCAGUUUCUUCUCGGGCUUCGUAAUCUUCUCCUUUCUGGGCUACAUGUCUCAGAAACACAACGUACCACUGGAUAAAGUUGCCACUGAUGGACCAGGACUGGUGUUUAUUAUCUAUCCAGAGGCGAUAGCUACGUUACCUGGCUCUUCAGUCUGGGCCGUAAUCUUCUUCAUCAUGCUGCUCACUCUAGGCAUUGACAGUGCUAUGGGAGGCAUGGAGUCUGUGAUUACUGGGCUGAUUGAUGAGUUCAAGUUCCUCCACAAACACCGAGAGCUCUUCACCCUCUUCAUCGUCGUGUCCACCUUCCUCAUCUCGCUGUUCUGCGUCACCAACGGUGGGAUCUAUGUAUUCACUCUGCUGGACCAUUUCGCCGCCGGGACGUCAAUCCUCUUCGGAGUGCUUAUCGAGGCCAUCGGCAUCGCCUGGUUCUACGGAGUGGAUCGGUUCAGUGAUGACAUUGAGGAGAUGAUCGGCCAGAGGCCAGGCCUGUACUGGAGAUUGUGCUGGAAGUUUGUCAGCCCUUGUUUCCUUUUGUUCAUGGUGGUCGUGAGCUUUGCUACGUUCAACCCUCCUAACUACGCGACGUACACCUUUCCUAUGUGGGCUAACGUGAUUGGCUGGUGUCUGGCCAUUUCCUCAAUGUCCAUGGUGCCUCUCUACGCCAUCUACAAGAUGUGCACCCUGCCUGGGAAGUUCUGUGAUAGGCUGGCCUACGCCAUAACUCCGGAACAUGAGCACCACCUGGUGGACAACGGGGAAGUAAGGCGGUUCACGCUCCAACACUGGCUUGUGAUCUGAGCACGCGAAUGGGGCGGAGAGAUCUGUUCACAUGGAGGAUGGAGCGUUAAUGGGAUGGAUGGAAGGAUUGAUGACGGAAGGAGGACCACUAGACAUGGGGUGUACCAAGAACAGAGAGAAUUGUUUUAAGUGCCAACAAAGCUGUAAAGUUGUAGCGGUCUUUAAUUUCGUCAAUGGACGUGUGGCUAUGUGCUGUGAUCUAGAUCACACUGUUGUUGACAUUUGGUCAAUAAAUACAUUAAUAAAUAUAAGUCUUAACUCUAUUUACAAUGACUGUUAUGGUGAUGGCUAAGGUUGUCCAUCCAAUAUAUUCAUGUAUUUAUAUGUUCGUUUUGUGGGCUGAGAAAUAUUGAUAGGACUGAAUAAGCAUCAUAUGACUAUCCACUGUAAAGGAAACUUUCAGAUACAGUAUUUAUUUAAAAAACAAUAUGUCAUGGCCAAUAUUCCAACAUUUUGUGUUCCUUCAUUCUACUGUAUCUAUACAAAUAUUGUGUUACAAAAUGAAAAGUGUUUCUCCGUAGCACUCUUCAAAUAAUUCAUGGAGGCUUGAGUGGGGACAAAUGUCAGAAUGACAACAUACCGUACCUCAAAACGUUAACUAAGUUUAACUAAGUUCACUAUUUUACAUUGUUAUGUUAGUUUGAUGGUCCGUAACCUUUGGAGCAAUCUAUGGGCAGAGAAAAUGUUUCAAUCUGUAUUUAGUUGUUUUUUGAAACAGCCAAAACAAAUGUUUGACAGCUAUAUAGCCGAUCCUAGCACAAAAUGAAUGGUAGUGAUGGGGACAUUUGAACAUGUUUAAUUAUGGACCAAUGACCUUAAUGAAACAACUAAACUAAACGACCAUCUUUUCACAAAUAUUAAGCUAAUGGUUGGUAAAUUUAGCUGCCGAUAGUAGCGGCAGUUUAAAAAAAACUGUCUAUGGAUGACUUUCUGUCUUCGCCAACAGCGAAGUCUUCAAGGAGAGAAACUGUCUAACAUCAUGUUGUAAAAUAGUGAACUACUUGUUCAAAACCCUUACACAUCCACAAUUUUUGCUGCCUGUCUCAACCAUUUUGUUUGUUUAUCCAAUAAAUAUGACCAAUUCAGUUAAUGAUUAAUAAGAUUCGAUAGUUUGGCAAAGCUACGUUUUUCUCCAUGACAAGUGUGCAGUAUUAGAGGAAGUGACCUCACCCUAUUCUAGAGCCCUAGUCAAAUAUUUUUGCAAGUUGGGAAUGGGGUGACAUCUGCAACACACACUAUCAUAGUAUCGUGCAACAGAAUUCAAGCAACCAAAGAUGAUAAAGUAGAAACAUUUAGGAUAAACUACUCAGAGACAUCUAUUCACAUGUACUGCUCUGGUGUUACCAAGAAAAGAAAAUGUUCUCAUGUUUUCAAAUAUUUUAAUGUGUGUAGUAAUGUCUUGAAAAGCUUCACGUCAAAUGUUUCCAACCAGGUUUUUUUUAUACAAAACAGCAACAGCCAACAUUAUAUUUGAAUUUGUCAAGAAAGCGCAGAGAUUUAAUGCUUUCUAAUGGGUUCUAAUAUACAGUACCAGUCAAAGGUUUGGUUACUCACUUGAAUGGGUGUGUCCAAACCUUUGGCUGUUUAAAGGCUGUUUUUUUCUCAUUUUAAAAGACUUGUGUGUAAUGUAACUGACUAUAUACUGUGUUAUGGUGUAAUUAUGCGUGAACUUCUGAGGGACUUGUAUUAUUGGUUGAUCGUUUGCAAGAUAAUAUGACAAUUUCCUGUUUGAGUGAUGCCCUUGUGUAUUUUGGAUUAUUUUGUACUGUAAAUCUAAAAAAUAAAAGCUUGACAGGUGA